UCGUGCGGGGAGGAUGUAUCGCUGUGGCUGCUGUUGUCCUCACCACGUGGCUCACCCCCUCAUCACCUCCUUUUCGUGAACUUUUAUAAUGCCUCACCGUCGCUUGGUCUAAUAUCUACCGAGAUGAUUGAUUGAUUUUUUGUGUGGAAAACAAGGGCCGCCAUGACCAACGCAGAUGAGACAAAUUUUACCGUGUGUACUCGGAAGGAUUUCUAGGCUAACAACCUGUAAUUAGUUGUGUCAUCUCUUUAACUGUUUCACGAUACGAAUAUUUUCACCACUGAUCGAUACAGCGAAGGUUAAAUGGAGUGUCGUUCCAUAUUAAAUUUAUCACUAUUAACGAGGGAGACAUUUUCAGUGAUCAGUUCAUAGCUGACGUCUUCUUGAUGGAACGUGAACCAUUGUGAGGCUGAAACAAUGACAGGCUUGAGCAAAAUUGUGUUAGGUGUCUGGAACAAGUGAAUCACGCUAAUAAUAACUGGAACAAAUAUAACACUAGCUGAGUUAGGAAAAAGAACCAGCUGGCGUGUACGAACCAGCUACCCCAAUAGUGACGAUAGCUGACGUGUGGUUAACCAGCUGAGAAAGAAGUUAAUACAAGAUGAUGGCUGUCGUAGCUGCAAGUAGUGUGAGGUGGUUGGUGGUGACGGCUGUGGUGGGCAUCGCAUUGGGUACUACUCUACAGAAGGGAAUGACCCACGUGUGUGAGUACCAGCAGGAGGAGAGAGUCAAGGUACAGAUGCCUACCGUCCACGCCUUCACCGCCACCGUCAGGGUAUACCGUCCAGGAUGCUACACCAACGCCCCCGCCUGUGUUAACUACGAGAGGAGGACACUUUACCGCACCGUGUACCAGGACCAAUCACAGACCAACACCCGCACCGUCUUGGCCUGCUGUCCCGGCUGGUCCACACAGAAGGAGAGGGGGAAGGAUAGUGAACAAGGAAAGACGGACGAUACAGACGAUGGAGGAUGUUCAGUGCGGACGAAAACAUCAACAAACAGUACUGGACAAAUAACACAAGAUGGUGAGAUCUAUUACCUGGUCGAUAACUCACAAGAUAACAACGCCAACCGGUCUGAUGGCGAGGGAAGCAAGAAACAACUGCUCGACGCGCCAGAAAGUGAUGAGGAAGAUAAAGUCUCUACAGUUCAGUCAGAUCAUUCACAUCGGGGGAAAAAUCAUAACAAAGAUGUCAACAGAGAAAAGGGUAUAUCAGAGUAUACUAAUGAUGAACCGAGUAUACGUGACGUGGCUGAAGGAGGAAAGUCUUCUCCGUCUGUCUUCCGUCGGGAGUCUGAAGUGAACACACACCAGCGUCCCUCCUCACUCACGGCCAACAGACGCCGCUGGAACGAACACCACCACACUCAAUCUUCCCUCACUGACACGACAACACCAAGUACUCGUCGUGCUCAUCGUCGUCGCCAUAGAGGACGAUCACCUUCCAGUCGAGACGAGGACGUGACCGUAGAAACGACCUACACGUCAGGCAGGAAUGGAUAUCGUCACCGUUACAACAACAACGAGACGAAGUUUGACGCCUACAGCUACACCAUCAUUAUGACAGAUGGGAAGAAGAACGGGAGGAGGCGUGAAGAAGAGACAAAGAAGGAACAAGUGUCACGCCGGGAGGAGAACAUUGAUGCCUACCUUGGCAAGUCCUAUGCUGCGUGUGGCCGCAUCUUCUGCUACAACGGUGGCCGCUGUGUCUACAACCGCUGCAUCUGUCCCCGAGGUUACUACGGCUCCCGCUGCCAGUAUGAUAGAGACGAGUGUCGAGAGAACAAUGGCGGCUGUGACCAGACUUGCAAAAAUUCUGUGGGCUCCUUCAUGUGUUGCUGCAGCCCCGGCUACAGGCUCCUGCCCGACAACCGCUCCUGCCAAGACGUGGACGAGUGUGACUACCACAACGGCGGGUGCUCCCACGAGUGUGUCAACACGGUGGGCUCCUACCAGUGUCGAUGCGGCUCUAACCAACGUCUCCUCCCAGACGGCCGCACUUGCAUAGGUGAGGACCUCUGUAGUGUGAGGAAUGGUGGCUGUGACCACGUCUGCAACGACUCAUCCAGGCAGGUCAUCUGUUCCUGCCAGCCCGGAUACCGUCUACAGCGCGACAGACGGACAUGUGAGGCAGUGGAUCCCUGUUCUGAGAAUAACGGUGGCUGUUACGACCGCUGCCAUGUUGAGCAAAGGCAGGCACGUUGUUCCUGCCGGCGAGGUUUCAAAUUGGCUGACGACCAAGUGUCCUGUGUUGAUCUGGAUGAAUGCCAAAUACCCGAAACUUGCAGCCAUCAGUGUCAAAACACUUGGGGGUCCUACCAGUGCCUCUGUAACCCCGGCUACCAGCUGGGCACUGACCACAAGUCCUGUUUUAUGAUCGACAUGGAAGUGAUUAAUUCAUGCUUGGAAAACAACGGCGGCUGUCAACACAUGUGUCGUCAUGGUCCAGGUGGGGCCGUUUGCACCUGUCAUCCAGGCUAUCUGCUGCAGCCUGAUCGUCGUACUUGUCAGGACGAGGAUGAAUGUGAAGCGAGAACCCACCGAUGCCAGCAGGAGUGUGUCAACACCGCUGGCGGCUACGCCUGUGCCUGCACCCAGGGCUACAUUCUCAGUUCCGACACUUUUACCUGCGUCGAUGUGGACGAGUGUGAGCGAGAGAACGGCGGGUGUGAGCACGAGUGUCGCAACACCCAGGGCUCCUUUGUCUGUUCCUGCCGCAGUGGUUAUAACCUCAUUGAUUUCAACCACUGCGAGAUAGUGGACUACCAGUACACGGACGACUACUUGGGUCAGAGCUCUCGUGGGGACCUGGACUUGGGGACGGCGCUGGAGGACGACUUCACGGUGCCUGAGGACACGUCGGCCAAGACACGUGACACAUGGGAGGACAUUACGUAUGCCGAGUACUCAAAAUUUCAUACUGUCCACACGCGCUGUGUUCCUGGACACUUUGGGCCCAACUGCUCGCUGACAUGUGCUGACUGUCCCGGCCAAUGUGACACGUCGGGGUGCCUGUGUACCCCCGGCAGGACUGGCCCCACCUGCUCACUCACCUGCCCUCCCGGCUUCUACGGCACAGGUUGUAACGAGGUGUGUAGAUGCGAGAAUGAUGGCACCUGUGACCCCAUGACCGGCAACUGUACCUGUCCACCAGGUGUGUCCGGUGACCUGUGCGAAGAUGGAUGUCCUGCUGGGUACUAUGGCAGUAAGUGUGAGCGGCGGUGCCCCAUGAUGUGCCCCAACAUGCGCUGCAACAGAGUCUUCGGUUUCUGUGAGUGUGAUCCAGGACGCUUCGGGCCCAAGUGUAACAUGCCCUGCCCGGCCCUCACCUGGGGCCCUAACUGCCGCCAUCAGUGCCAGUGCCAGGCUCGCACCACUGCCCGAUGCCACGCCGAAAGUGGCGUGUGUGAGUGCAGCCCGGGCUACGUUGGCUCUGACUGUUCCCAGGAAUGUCUACCCGGCCGUUGGGGUGCUGGCUGUCUACACGAGUGCCAGUGUGCCAGCGGUGCCACUUGCCACCCUGCCACAGGCGUCUGUUUCCAGGACUGUCCACCGGGUUUCACAGGAUCCGACUGUACCAUACCAUGUGAGGCUGGUCACUAUGGUCCGGGAUGUAUGAAGACCUGUAUGUGUGGACUACGGCCAUGUGACCCGGCCACUGGUGUCUGUGUCUGUCCUGCCGGCACACACGGCGCUAACUGUCUCCAGCAUUGUCCUGAGGGUCGAUGGGGCCAGAGUUGCCAGCAGAAGUGCCAGUGUCAAAAUGGUGCCACUUGUGACCGUGUUAGCGGGGAAUGUCACUGCCCAUCAGGAUUUGUCGGUCCAGCGUGUGAGUCACCGUGUCCUGCUGGCAGGUUUGGUGUGGACUGUAGUGAGACCUGCAACUGCCUCAAUGGUGCCUCCUGCCACCACCUCACCAGCAGGUGCGAGUGUUUGCCAGGGUUUACGGGUGCAAGUUGUGGGCAGCCAUGUCCUUUAGGGAGGUUCGGUCAAGACUGUGUACAUGUGUGUCACUGCGACAAUAACGGAGGCUGUGACCGUGUGACCGGCGAGUGUGCUUGUGCUCCUGGCUGGCGAGGACCUCAGUGUAAACUCCCGUGUGAAGCCGCCAGCUACGGGUCUGGUUGUGCUAUGAACUGCAGCUGUGCCAACGACGCCAAGUGUGACCACAUCUCUGGCGCCUGCACGUGCCAGCCAGGUUGGCGAGGCACCUUCUGUUCACGACCGUGCCCUGAUGGGUUCUGGGGGCUGGACUGCCGACAUCACUGUAACUGUGAUACUGGUGCCACUUGUGACCCUGCCACGGGUGUCUGCGUCUGCCCUCCCGGCAAGCAUAGUCAACACUGCUCCAAGACUUGUUCAGCUGAUCGCUGGGGUAGUGACUGUCGGAAUCUAUGUCUUUGCCACAACGGGGGCAUCUGUGACCGUGUGUCUGGUGCCUGUGUGUGCCCCCCAGGACACACUGGUGCUACCUGCCAGGACAGAUGUCCGAAAGGAACCUAUGGCAGCGGUUGUCAGCACACCUGUUUGUGUCAGCACGGUUCUAGCUGUCAGCAUGACACCGGUGCCUGUGUGUGUUCCCCAGGCUUCUAUGGCACUUAUUGUGAAACUGCUUGUGAGUCAGGCAGGUAUGGCUCCGGGUGUGUGCUGGAGUGUCAUUGUCAACACGGUGGCCAAUGUGAUCCUGUCACGGGGGCCUGCAAGUGUACCCCAGGCUGGCGCGGCCAACACUGCCACAAACCCUGCCUUAAAGGUUUCUGGGGUGACGGAUGCCAGCUGGUGUGUGACUGUGAACAUGGUAGCGCCUGUCACCACAUCACUGGAGACUGCCAGUGCCCACGUGGCCUCAUGGGUGACAAAUGCCAGUUUAUCUGUGCUCGUGGGUUCUUUGGGAAUGAUUGUGAGGAGGUGUGUAGGUGUGAGGAAGACCAGCCAUGUGACCACGUGACUGGCGCCUGCAACUGUCCUCCCGGCCGCCAAGGACAGCAGUGUCAUGAGUACUGUGCUGAGGGGCAAUGGGGAGAGGAGUGCCACCAGGAGUGCCAAUGUGCCAGGUCGGCCCUGUGUGACCCGGCCAAUGGCAAGUGUUUCUGUCCGGCGGGUCUUCGUGGUCGAAAGUGUCGAAGAGGCUGUCCGAGAGGUAGAUAUGGCGUCGACUGCAAGCAGAGGUGUAAGUGUGAGAACAGAGGGACGUGUGACCCAGUGAGUGGCCAGUGUCAGUGUCGCGAUGGUUACUACGGCCCCACCUGCUCCCUUCCCUGCCCCACCAACACCUUUGGCUCUGGCUGUAACCAGACGUGUGAGUGUGAGCACAAGGGUGUCUGCACCAAGUCUGGAGAGUGUCAGUGUCCAGCAGGGUACACAGGUUCCAGCUGUCAGACCUCAUGCCCUGAUCAGAACUGGGGCCUCCACUGUGCCCUCAAGUGCCACUGCAAAAACGACGCCAUCUGUCAUCCAGAGACGGGGGAGUGUCAGUGUGGGUUAGGAUGGACUGGGAUAGACUGCAGUCAGGAGUGCAGCCCGGGCCGCUAUGGUCCCAACUGUCAGCUGGACUGUGCUUGUCAUCACAAUGUGUCGUGUGACCGCUUCUCUGGAUGUUGUCAGUGUGGCCCUGGCAGUUAUGGCCGCUACUGUGAACUGGAGUGCCCAUCAGGGUUCUAUGGCUUAUACUGUGCUGGUGUGUGUGACUGCCACAACGGUGCCACCUGUGACCCACAUACUGGCCAGUGCCGCUGUGCGCCAGGCUUUACGGGUGACAGAUGCACUGACACCUGCCUCCCAGGAAAGUUUGGUGUCCAUUGUCGGGAGGAAUGCCAAUGUGGGCAGUACCCUUGUCACAGAGGGACUGGCGAGUGUCAAUGUCCGCCCGGCACCAAGGCAAGAAAUUGUGCUAUGCCAUGUGGGACAGGCAGGUAUGGCAGAGGGUGUGAGCAGGUGUGUGAGUGUCACAACGGAGGCAGCUGUCAUCCCGCCACUGGCAACUGCUCCUGCACCCCUGGCUGGCUAGGUCCCAAGUGCACGGAGAAGGACGUCUCAUUCAUCACAGCGAGUGAGCAGCGAGACAGAGCGGACAUCCCCGUCGAGUUGAGCUGAUGAUGAUUCUUUUGAGUAGGAGACAAGCCCAUUAUGUCAUCACGAACAUAAAAAGAUUUUGGAUCCGCGGAGAAGAUCCAAAAGAGCUAAAUCAGUGAUCACGGAGCCAUGUGUGAGUCUAAAACAUUUUCUUCGCCAACUUUUAUCUUGUUAGGUAACAAAGUCAUAAUUAUAUCAGUGUCUUGAAGGAAGUAUUAAGCCAGGUGAAGGUAUGAUAAACAGAGAUGAAGAAUGGUAGCGAAGAGGAUAAAGUAAAAUGAAUCGAUGUGCUGAGGAAACAUGAGUCGGGAGUAACAAAUGUGAGCGUGUCAACAAUACAAACGUUUUGAACCUUCCAACAGAUUAAUUUCUAUCCACUAAUAGAUAUUCAAGUACAAUUGGAUGAAAAGUUCUUUACACUUAGCUGAGCUAUAUCACAUAUUUGUCAAGCAUAAUAUUGAUAUAAUAAAUCCAAAUCUUAUAAGCUGAAUGUCCUGGAAGACGAAAAAUGCUAAAAGCAAAUAUUUGAUCUAAAUGGCGCUAACUUUUUACUUCUAUGAGGUUUGUUCGCAAUGCAAAUCUCAAGUUAAGAGAUGUGUUACAGUAACCAGUAAUUCCCCAGUAAGCUUUGUUAUUUAUUUAACCUGCAUCAAAGGUAUGUAUAUUCAGUACUCUUGAUGACUGGAGAUAUUUGAAAGAACAUGAUGCAAAAUAAAGCCAAAUACAGUACAGUUAAGAGGAAGAGUUUGCUCAUCAUAGAUUACUGUACACUGGUAAAAAGACAAAAAACAUUGGAUUUGCAAAUUUGAUGUUACAAGUCAUAAAGGAUAACAUCUGGCGAAGGUUCCACUUAUCAACUAACAGAUAUCUCGUUAACCAUUAUACGGUACAUGUAUAGUAUAUGUACUCGCCACUGGGAAGCAUUAAAUGUCUCCUCUUAUAAUCAGGAAAUCAAGUCGUGUAGUUUCUGUUGAUAUUCAUCCAUAAGAUAUUCACUGGCUGCCCAUACUGAAUAUACUGAUAUAAAUAAUAUGCUUCAAGGUGCACGAUACCUUUUUCACAUACGUUGAGCUCUCAGAUUCAUUCUCAAAUUGGAAAUCUAUCGCGUUAGUUUGCACAACUUAAUAUUUUUUACUCGUAUAUCUAAAGUACUGUAUCCACAACAUUAAUUACUUAACUAACACUUAAGAUGCAGUAGUAAUGACUAUUUUACCAUCACAAUCAGUGAAAGAAGAGAGUAAAGACUUAUACAGUAUAUGUGGUGGCAUUUUGGAGUUCUUGCAAACCAACUGCCAAGUUAUAUUGACUUGUUGGACAAUAUUUCUUAAUGUGCAAGAAGUUAUCCCAAAAGUAAAUAUGUUGCAGACUGAUGUAACACACAAGAUGUACAUAUUUUAUUCGACUUGUAUGGUAUUGAUAGUGUCAUAAUAAUUAUUAUGAUGAAAUCAAUAGUAACUAUUUCCUGAAAAUGUUUAUAAAACAUUGAGAACAUUGUGCAUUAUGAACUAGAAAGAAAUUUGGAUUAUUUGGUUAAUGAAACCCAUGAAGGAUUCAUAUGUGUGCAGCAUUUAACUAGUUUCUAUCAUAGUAAGGAUAGUUAAGUAUACAGUAGAAAUCGACAUAAAGCUCGAGAGAACUGUCUAUUUACCUUAAAUACCAUAUCCUUGUCAUCCACCAAUGAGGAUUCAAGGGAAGAGUUCUGAUGACCAAUCGAGAUGUACCAAUACACUGUAUUAACAUCCCUUAGUUCAAUAAUAUCACCUAACUCGGGUUAGACAGAUUUAAGUUAAAUUACUCUAACUUUAAGAUACUGUACAGUAAAGUCUUAAGGAUCCUUUAGAUGUCCUCGUUUCAAAUCAUUCAGCGUCACUAGAUAGAUUAUUAAUUUGUUUUUAUUGUUUAGGAGACUGUUUCGUGUUCUGGCAUCGAUAAUUUCUAUGUACUUGUGUCUGUUAUGAUAAUUAAUCAACUGUUAACUGCUGCAAAUUAGUGAAUAUUGCAGAGGAAAUCGAAAAGCAAAAUAUAAACCAAAAUUAGAAAGUUUGAUUUCUAAGCCAAUACUGUAUCUCUUAACUCCCGCAACUGUCGAUAAAUCCAUUACUUAUUUGUACUUAUUGGUUAUAAAUAAUGUAAUUUACUGUGAAUCCUAUGUGUACAUUAGUAGAUUAAGCGCCACCAUUACUUAUACUAUUGUUUAAGCUUUUUAUAAAACGAUCAAAUUAUCAGGUGUGAAAACUUGAGCCACAUUUCAGCUUCUGUUUCAUUACAAUACUUCCAAAAAUCACUGCCAUAAGUUAUUAGCUUUAAAUAUAUUAAAUUUCACAUGCGUCACUUCCUUCGAGACAGUCAAAAUUCUGAUGACCUUAAUCAGAGGAAGUCAAAUAAGAUAAAGAUUUGCACAAUCUGUCUGAGGUAUAUUACUGAAUGACAAAAUGAAGGAAACCAGAGUAACUGCAAGACUUAUAGGAGGUGGCGUGUCUGAAGCAUAAUAACAUUAGGAAUAUUAACAGGAUAAGUUAUCUGGAAACUCAUGACUCACUGUAUCUACCUUUCAUUAAUUUAGUCAGAUACUGUGAAUAUUAGACAAGUCAUAAACUAGAGAAAAAGGAUUACUUUGUAUAUUGAUUUGAAAGAUACAUCAAUACCAGAUUCUGUGUUGAAUUAUUACUGAACAUUUAUAAGAGAGCUGUGACCUUCGUAAUGUAGCUUCAUUCAUCUGUCCAACACCAACUAGUCAAAUAUGAAGCAAGUUGAGUGUAUUACUGCCAGUUAUUCACAGAUGUAUCCUUAAUCUACACACACACACACACACACACACACACUCUCUCUCUCUCUCUCUCUCUCUCUCUCUCA